GAUGGCUGCCGUUUGUGGACGUCUGCUUGUUGGUCUGACUUGCAGACGAUCUUUGGCGUUCAUCCCUUCGAGGCUGGCCCAUACUGUAGAAAAAGAGCCCAUGAAAUCCACAGUUACAUUUCUAGGUGAAAAUGAACAGCAAGAAGGCAAAGAUAUCCCCCCUUACGUCACCAGGUAUAGUUCAAGGGGGUUUAGGAUUAAGAACAUCAAGGUGUUUGGAUCAGUGGCCAUAGUACCAGAUGCAUUUUAUCACUGGAAGGUACAAAAUCCAAAUGAUAUAACAACAGAAAGUUUGUCUUUAUUUACAAUGAUGGAUCCACCAAUAGAAAUCCUUGUAGUUGGAACUGGUGAUAGAAUUGUUAGACUUUCACCUGAUGUUCAUAAACAUAUGAAACAGCACAAUGUCAUGCUUGAAGUACAAGAUACAAAAAAUGCUGCUGCUACAUUCAAUUUCCUUCUUGAAGAAGACCGMUUGGUUGGUGCAGCACUGAUACCUCCCCAGACAGACACCAAAUGAUGAAUGUAAUCAACUCAAGGCAAUGAUAGUGAUUCAAAUUUUUAAAAUCAAAAAACUUGAUUCAAAUCUAUUGCAUUUGGUAGGUCAAGGGCAACCGAUAGCCUUCUCUUACUCUGCUCAGGGAAUUGACACUUGAUUUUCCUUCCUUGCCCUUUGCUCACACUUACAAUUUCCGAGUUUUCCUAACCUCAAACGAUACGUGUUGAAAGUGGCCGUACAACUCCCUGAAAACUUGAAGCUUAGAGAAUUCUUGAUCCGCUUUUUUUUUACUUCAAAUUCUUGACACUUUGGUAAAAACUUAGUAUUCUUCACAGGAGGUCUUCAUAGAAGUUAUAAAAUACCUAAAAGUGUAACAGUAUUCUUCAGCAUAACACGACAGCCGCUCCCUUUGAGAUAAUAGUUCGAUGAAUUUCACAGGCCUCGAUUGGCUAUCAAAUGACGUAUCGUAAUCUCAUUAAUGUCCACGGAAGCUAUAAAAUGUUGAGCAUUUAAUACCAAAUGCAUCAUUGUAUAAUUUAUUUAUCAUUAAAACAUUAUUUUGUAUUUA